CGCUCAUUCAGGCGGGGGAGAGGGGGUGAGAAAGGUGUACCGUGUUAUUACUCACUCCAGAUUUUCCUCCUAAGAAGCCAUUUUUUUCACAGCACAGUAGAAGUAUUCGUCUCCUUGUGUUUGGCACAUUCGAGUUAACGGAGUUGAAAAACUUUGAUUGGAUUUGUUUCAUUGCUUGUGUACCUGUAUAAAGCCACCAUGUCGAGCACUAAAACCAAGAAGAAACAGCGGACUAGAACACAGCGCUACACAUCCAAUGUGUUUGCCAUGUUCAAUCAAGCACAGAUACAAGAGUUCAAGGAAGCUUUUAAUAUGAUUGACCAAAACCGAGACGGGUACAUCGACAAGGAGGAUCUGUUUGAGAUGUUCACAUCCCUGGGCAAGAACCCAACUGAUGACGAUCUGGACGUGAUGAUCAACAUGGCGCCAGGCCCUAUCAACUUCACCAUGUUCCUCACGCUGUUUGGUGAAAAACUCAACGGAACUGAUCCAGAGGAGGUCAUUAAAAAUGCUUUUGCUUGCUUUGACGACAGAAACAUAGGUUUCAUUCCAGAGGAUUAUCUCAGGGACUGUUUAAUGACCAUGGGAGACCGCUGGUCAGAGGAUAUGGUGGAUGAACUGCUUCACGGCGCCCCAAUUCUGGAAGGGAAAUUUGACUACCUAGAAUUCACUCGCACACUGAAACAUGGAGCAAGAGAAAAGGAUGAUCCCCCAAUCCCAUUAGUAGAGCAGCAAGAGGCAGGGGAGGGUAACUCUGCAGGAACAGGAAGUUAAGAGAGAAUGGUGGUAGGAAUGUUGUUGACAGUUCAAAACAAACAAUUCCAUGUACAUGAGUGCCUUACAAUUUGCAUUUUUUUUCAUAUCUCUAUGGUAUCUUCUUUCACUGAAACUCUUUUUGUUAUAUACUGUUUAAACAUUUUAAAAUAUAUU